AUGCUGCAGGGCUCUGGCUGUGCCAUCUCCUUGGCUGUGCAGGAGCCCACUGUGAACCUGAGGGCUCUGCCUGUCCCACUCCUCUGCCAGGCAGCCGAGAUCCCCAGUGGGGAAAAGGCCAGCUCGAAGGAGGGAAAGGCAACCAACACCAAGUGGUGGCCAAGUCGCAAGCAGAAACACACCACAAAGAACAGCAAGUGUGACCUGACCGGCUGGUGGGAGAACGAGCUGGGCUCCAGGAUGCACGUGUCAGACAUCGACAGCCAGGGCAACUUCUCCGGCGAGUACCACACUGCCGUGUCAAGUGCCCAGAAACCCAUCAAGCCAUCCCCCCUCAUUGGCUCCCAGCACUUGGAUGAGGAUGGGCAGUGCACCUUCGGCUUCACCGUCAACUGGAAGUUUUCUGACUCCACAGCAGUCUUCGUGGGCCAGUGCUUCGCUGGGGACGGAGGGGAGGAGGUCCUGCAGACCGCCUGGCUGCUGCGGGAGAAGGUCGACUCCCUGCCCAGUGACUGGAAAGCCACCAGGACUGGCCACAACGUCUUCACUCGGGUGGACUGA